AACAAAACGCAAAAUAAACAUCAGCCCUUAGACAGCGGCUGAAUGGGCAUCUCGAUUUUGCAGCGGCAAACAUUAGUCAUAGCUCAAGUUUGGCGACGGUCUUUUUCAAGCAGUGCUAAAAUCAUGGACAUUGGAUUCAACGGUAAACGCGCUCUCGUGACAGGCGCAGGAAAAGGAAUUGGACGAGCUCUAACUCUGAAACUUGUUGAAGGUGGGGCCGAAGUGGUAGCAGUUAGUCGUACUCAAUCUGAUUUGGAUGCUUUGCAGAAAAUCAGCCCUAAAAUUCAGCCGCUAUGUUUAGAUAUUGGAAAAUGGGAAGAAACGAGACACGCUAUGAAGAAUGUUGGGCCAGUUGACUACCUGGUCAACAAUGCUGCCAUCAUGGAUGUUAAGGAAUACGGAGAACUCACUGAAAAAGAAUUGGAUAGGACGCUUAAUAUCAACGUCAAAUCUAUUGUAAAUAUUACUCAAAUUAUAGCAAAUGAAAUGAAAGCUAGAGGUCAAGGUGGUUCCAUCGUGAACGUAUCAAGCAUGCUAGCUUUAUAUACGGUUCAUGGUUACGGGUUUUACUGUGCUAGCAAAGGAGCCGUUCAUCAGUUGACUAGAAGCAUGGCAUUAGAAUACGGACCCUAUAAUAUCCGAGUUAACUCCGUUAAUCCCACUAUCGUUCGCACUGCAAUGGCGGAAAAAGAAAAUUUGUUUGAUCCCAAUAAUCAGUUCAUUAAUAUGAUGAAGAGUAGAACGCCUCUUAAAAGAUUCUGUGAACCUGAAGAAGUGGUGAAUCCUAUUCUGUUCUUGUUAAGUGACAAAGCAGCCAUGGUUACUGGAAUAGCUAUGCCUAUAGAUGGAGGUCUAAGUGUAAGCUUCGCUUGAAGUGCUAAUUCGCAAAAGGUGGCAGUAAUCUUCAGCUUCAUACUUUCAUCAUUCAAUGUAUUUUUAAGGGCUUUCUCAACAGCAGUAUUUACAUCACUGCUUAUCAAAACAGAAAACUGCUUAUUUUUUAUAAAAUUAUGAAUGCAUAUCUAACUAUUUUGCAAUAAAAAAUAGUUUCCACUGUUAAU